AUGUAUGAAACUAAGUUAGAUCAUGCGGAUUUAGCAGGAAGUACAUGGAUAGUGCAGGGAUAUAUCAAAAAAUGUUUUACGCAACAACCCAAUUAUGCAAAUGCAGCUCAAGCACUUCAGACGCUCUCACAAGAAGUGGCAUUGGUACCAAACAUUCCAAACCUAAUCCAACUCGUUGCAAUCCACACAACAUUCGGACAGAUUAAUACAUUGUAUAAUUCGCGUAUAUACGAUCCGGAUGCAAAUUCGGAAACCGUCAGACAUCAAUGGGCUUGCCAACCACUGGAUCCAUUGACGUCAAACGCAAGCGCUUUGCAAGGAUCUUGGGCGUUCAAUUAUUAUAAGAGAUUGAAACGAAAUUACGAAGCAGCUUUAGCUAAAAGAUGA